UUUUAAUCAUAUAAAUUGUAAAGAUGUUGCUUCACGUCCGCGUAAGAACUGUGACGAUCUUUUGAGGUACCAUCAAAUUGAGAAAUCGGGUUCUUACGAGAUUGACGUAGACGGUGACGAUGGCAAUCUACCUCCUGUUUUUGUAGAAUGUAAAUUUAUUAAACACAACACUGAUUAUCAGGCGUUAACUAUAAUUCAUCAUGAUUCUGAAGAGACUAUAGAUAUUAUAGGAAACGAAGGAAUGGAAGCAUACGAACGAAACAUCAGUUACCGAGAAGUAACCGAUCGACAUUUAACAAGUGUCAUUGAUAGUUCAUUUUCGUGUCAGCAGUUUAUCAGAUGGAAUUGCAAGGGUGCCAAACUGGGUUUAUGGUAUCCUAAUCCUUUAAGUUGGUGGGUCGGUCGAAAUAGAAUGAAGCAAUAUUAUUGGGGAGGUGCAGAAACGGACAGUAGAACUUGCGGAUGUCAUCCUUAUUGUGAACCUACUAAAAGAAACAGUACUUGUAACUGUGAUGCUAAAGACGAGAAGAGGUGGCUAGAAGAUUCUGGUCUUUUAUUAGAUUCUUCCAGAUUGCCCGUAUUCCAGUUACGAUUUGGAGAUUUGGGAAAACCAAACAAAGCUGGAAGUCAUACUUUAGGACCUUUGAUCUGUUAUCAACAAGGACAUAUCGAUGAAUUUAAAGGAAUACAUAAUGCUCCUGCAGAAAUUACAAGUCCAGAAUUUCCAAGUUCAUAUCCUCCACCCUUCCACAAAUUUACGUGGAAAGUCAUCAUAACUGCAGGUGAUAUGAUAGAACUGACAUUUCCAGAUUAUGAUGUUCUUCAUUUCGGAGCCUAUAAUUCUGUUCCUGGAUGCCAAGAUGUUGUAACAGUAAGUGCAAAACCAGAAGAAGGCAAUAUCAUUGUUAUUAAAAGACAGGGUAAUGCACCACCUUAUUACAUAUCACAAGGAUCUGCUACAUCAAUUAACAUUACAUUAACAACUUGUAAUCAAGACGAACGUUUACCAUCAAGAAGUGGAUUUCGAGCUGUAUUCAAAAGAUCAGAUUGUGUUGGUUGUAAUGCUGCAGUUGGACAGAAUGGAGGCACAACAUUCUGCGAUGAAACCUGUGGAAUAAUUGCGUCUGAAGGAUACCCCUUCCCAGAUCAUUGGUAUUCCAAUUCUAAGAAAUACAAUCAUUCUUGGAUUCUCCGACAGAAUGGGCCGUCUUCUCAAUCUCUUGUGGUCGAACUCAACUUCAACGAUUUUGAUAUACCAGGCACGCUAGCAUCAAGAAAUUGUACUCCGGAACAAGGAAUACUUAACAUUUAUGACGGAGAAGGCAUCAAUGAUAAGUUUUUAAUUGGAAGAUUUUGUAAUUAUAAUUACCAAGGAGUAGUAUAUUCUACUCAACCUAUUAUGACUUUAGUUUAUAUUACCAAAUGGAAGCGUUUUGGAAACGGAAGAGGAUUUCAUGCAACGUAUAAAUUUGUGCAACCAGUUCAAAAUAUUCAGAAGAAAGAUAAUUUUAAGAUUCUGAAGAAUAUUGCUAAUGGAAAACUAACAAAGCAGAGCAGCACUUUAGAGAAGCGCUAUUCUUCUUUAGCUGUCGACGGCAGAUUAAACGGUACAAUGGCAAGCGGUUAUUGUACCGCCACCAAAUUUGAAAACGAACCCUGGUGGCAAGUAGAUUUACAAAAACCGUAUUUUAUACACGGUGUAAUUAUUCACAAUCGUUUGGACUCGCCGACACUGAAAUCGAACAGUCCUCAUAUUUUAACCUGGCCUCAAGGACUUUAUGGUCUUCCGAUGACUGCUUCCGGUUGUCCUUCUUCCAUCGGUUUCUCGUGGGAAUCUGGCUUACGCUUCCAUGCCAUGAAGUACGAAAUUUUUAAAGAGCAUAGUUUUCCUCAUUGGUCGGAUGGAAUGUUAUUGAAAGGAGGCUUGCAAAUAGGUGGUGGUGUCAAACAACAUUUUUGUAUGAAAACUAAAGAAGCAUCUGUAAACCAUUCAUUACGAUGGAUGCCGGGUCAAUACUGUAUCUAUCAGUUUGGCGACAGCUGUCCCAUUGGUUUCAAAAGCGGACAUAUAACUUGGUACGAGAAAUCGGAAGGAAAAUUCAAAAGUUAUAGUAAAAAUACAGUUCCUAAAGGGGAAUACACCAGUAAUAGUACAACUAUAUACUUCUGCUGUAGAAGCGAUCACAAUCCCGACGUUGCCAUCAGAUUGCCAAUUAGUCAACCAUUUUAUUUACUUCAAUUCGGUAGUAGUUGCCAGAAAGUGCAAGGCAUGUCAGAAAUCGAACAAUACUUUCAUUUCAAUGACGUCAAAGUCGAAACUUUAGAGAAUUUCAAAUUUAAAUUUAAAGCUCCUUAUCCAAGAGUUGAUACGACUAUAUUUGAAAAUGGAUUCACCUUAUAUUAUUGCUACUACGAUAUAACAUACAGUCUACGAGGUUUUAAUGUGUUGGUCGACAAUACCGGAAUUAUUUCGUCCAUUGGACAAUAUUUUGAUAACAGACAUUACGGUAUCCGUCAUUUGGAAGAAAGGAAAUUUCAAGAGGCUUACAGAUGCGCCUCUUACCCUGUAACUAAAAACGAGCCAUUAAUGGUACAUUUGAACUGUUCUCAACCCGUAUUAGGGCAGUAUAUAACAAUACAAAUGUAUAACAGAUAUGACAGUUUACAGAUCUGCGAAGUUGAAGUAUUUGGUGAAGAGGCUUGCGGACAGCCACUCGGCAUGGCUUCGGAAGAAAUAUACGAUUCUCAAAUAAAUUCGACAUCAAACGACAAUGAUUUUCUGAGUAAGAAUGCCAGAUUAAACGGGAAGAGCGGUUGGUGCGCAUCCGAAGAGGACAAACUCAAGUAUAUAACGAUAGAUCUUAAGAAACCUACAACCGUUACCGGAAUUAUCCUUCAAGGUGAUGCCGAAAAGAGAGGUUUCGUUAAAAAUUUUCAUUUAUCGUUCAGCAACAAUGGAUCUCAUUGGACUUACGAAGAAGAACCUGUCGCAUAUAAAAAGAAUUACACCUGCAAAACUUGCAAUCCGGAAAGAUAUUCAAAUGAUAUGAACAUUCGUUAUAAUCUUCUGAGAGGAAUUAAAACUCAAUUUGUACGAUUCGAAAUAUUAAGUUAUCAUAAUUUUCCUUGUUUAAGAAUGGAGAUUCUUGGAUGCAGAAAUGAAGAUGUCUGCGACGAGACAUUUACAGAACCCGAAGGAACCAUACAUUCGCCAAAUUAUCCAUUUUAUUACGGUCAAGAUAAAUCUUGCUGGUGGAAAAUAAUGCCUCCGCCCGGUCUUCACGUUCAAGUCGAUUUCAUAGUGUACGAUAUUGCGAAACAAGAAAUGAUCGAACACAAUAGCAGUUGUCAGGAUCAAUUAUUCUUAUAUCCGGGAAGCAGCAACGAUACUGUUAUUACUUCUCCCUAUGGUAAAUUCUUUCCAAAACAAGUGACUUCGAUAAACGAAACUAGAAUACACCUCAAGACGUGCAUCAGAUAUUCCAUGAGCCGAUAUCGGGGAUUUUUGGCAACGUACAAAUUUGUUGAUUGUCCGGGAUGCGGCAGCGGAGAUUUUCAUUGUCCCAGACUCCACAACUGCAGUUUCGAGAGUUCGUCCUGCGGCAAAAUCGUAUCCUACGGUUAUCCUUUAUCCUACCAACCCAAUCAUCGAUGUCGUUGGCUGAUCGUGGCCGAACCCACCCAUUACAUCAACGUCACCUUCAGUGAUUUCGACAUCGUGGGAGGGAACAACCAAUGCGUCUUCGAUCACAUCAUUUUCUACGACGGAGAGGAGAGCAAAGAGGAUAAUGUCAUAGGAAAGUACUGCAACGAACUGCAACCGGGAAAAUACGUGGUGUCUAACUGGAACACCCUACUCAUCGAAUUUUCUUCCGAUGCCGAGCACGAGGGUCGAGGGUUCUCUUUGACUUACAUCGCGCAGAAGUACCAAUUGCCAAAGGAAAUUAAAAACGAACAGUUCGAAGACGAAUCUUGUCCGGUGGGAUGGAAAUAUUAUAAUAAAUAUUGCUAUAACGUGUUUCACGAAGACGAUCCUUUGCCAUGGUACGUAGCCGAAAAGAAAUGUACGUUGAAGGAACCCGGACGUAAAGGGCAUCUCGUCAGCAUUGUCGAUAAGAGGGAAAUCGCUGUCGUUCAUUACUUCUUAGUGACUUACUGGGAUUCCAGGCACAAAACUUUAUACAUAGGUUUGAAUGACGAAGCGAGAGAAGGAAUUUAUAGAUGGAGCGAUGGAAAUCCGAUGAUUUUUACCGACUGGUCUCCAGCAGGUGGAGGUUUGCCCACCCAACCGGACGGUGGUGCUUAUCAAGAUUGUACCAUGUUGCGCAUGGACAGCAUUCAUUCCACUGCUCUGUGGCACGACAUACCGUGUUCUUUGAGAAGUUUAUCUUAUCCGUAUUCGAAUGAGUAUUAUUUAGAGAGCAACAGUCUGCCGAAAACCACCUUAAGAGACUCUUUACCGUCAGUCAACAGUUUCAUAUGUAAAAUCCAGAGUAAUAAAUUGAGAGAUUCUACUUACAAAGCAAAACACUUGUAUCAAUUAAACACUCAGUCGGUACACGUUAACGUUCUGGAGGAAAAAUAUUUUAUUUGCAGAAAUAAAGAAGUUAUCUCGAAUUUCUUCGUAUGCGACGGAGCAGAAGACUGCAGAGACGGAAGCGACGAAGAAGAAUGUGGAACCAGUCAAAAAGAGAGCAGUUUUCAAUGCGGAAACGGACGAAGCAUAUCGAUUUCGGCUUAUUGCGACUUUAAAGACGAUUGCAGUGAUCGCUCGGACGAGUCUCGUUGUGCCCACAGAGAUUGUACCAAAGACGAAUUUCAAUGUCGAAACGGCCAGUGCAUACCCUCGUCCCAAAGAUGCGACCUUCUGUACCACUGUCACGAUAACUCCGACGAAAAGCUGUGUUUAGGCCAUUGUAACGACAAUUUCUUUAAGUGUUACGACGGCACGUGCAUCCCAAAAUACGUCGUGUGCGAUGGCCAUCGAGACUGUCCGGGAAGAUUUAACGAAGACGAAAACGACGUGUGCUAUAGGUUAGCCAGGGUGGAAGACAUCGAAGGAUGGAACGAAACAAAGAACUUAUGCUCUAACAGAGCACGUAGAACGUGUCACGAUCUGUUUAUAAACGAUAACAUUAACGCUAGUGGAUACUAUACCAUCGAUCCCGACGGAAACGAAGGUCCCGUCAGGCCAUUCAAAGUGUAUUGUGAUAUAGACAAUACCACGAAUACGGUUAAAACGGUGAUACAUCACGAUUCGGAACAACAGUUGUACGUUAAAUCCGACGUUCAGGGCAAAGGUUAUUACAGAAGAUCGGUCAUCUACGAGGCUGGGAUGAACGGAAUCGCAUCACUUAUAAACAUAUCCUCUAAGUGUCGGCAGUACAUCGAAUGGAACUGCACCGGAACGGGCUUUCACUUUUACGAAGAAACACCGGUUUCCUGGUGGGUAUCCAGAAGAAACGAACCUCAGUAUUAUUGGGGUGGAGCUCAUAAAAAUAAAACCUGUAGAUGCCAUCCGUAUUGCUUGAGGCCGGAUCUCAAAUGUAAUUGCGAUGCCGUGGGUAAGGAUCAAGAGAGUCGAGAUGACGGUUAUGUCGAAGAUAAAGAUAAACUUCCCGUCACGGAGCUCCGAUUUGGGAAUACGUUUAAAACGGGUCAGUUUGGAUAUCACAGAUUAGGACCGCUGGAAUGCUUCGAAGAAGCAGAUUCGGAACAGCUGAACUGUACAAACAGCGUUAAUUAUAUUACUUGUCAGUCCAAUCACUUCGUACGUAGACAAUACAUGUGUCUGUACGAAUUCGACCAGUACGGCUAUCACAUGGGAUGUCGCGACGUCACUCACUUGAGAAAUUGCGAGACUUUUACUUGCCCUAAGGACUACGUGAAGUGUCCCAAAUCCUAUUGUAUCCCGUCCAGAUACGUUUGCGACGGUAAAUGGGAUUGUAUAGCAGGUGCCGACGAGCAAGAUUGCGACUCUUAUUCGUGUCCCGGUCAAUAUAAAUGUUACAACAAAAGUUGCUGCGUACCCCUUCAUCAACUGUGCGACAAUAUUCGCCACUGCCCUCACGGAGACGACGAACUCCUGUGUAAUUAUACUUGCCCAGAAAAGUGUAAAUGCAUCGGUUUAUACGCUUCCUGUGUCGAAAUUAACGCUUCGUCUCUUCCCGAAACUUUGUCUCCGGAACUUCGAAAAUUAGAUUUCAGCAAAAAUGUUCUGGAUAUGCAGAAAGCCGAUUUUAACAGGCUGCGUACACUGGCAGAACUGAUCCUCCAGUAUAACGACAUAACCGAAUUACCGGCCAACAAAUUUAGUAAUUUGGGAAAUUUAUAUAAGUUGGAUUUGAGCAAUAACAAAAUACAUUUUAUAGCCAGGUCGGCAUUCGAAGGAUUGAAGAAUCUUAAAUCAUUGCACCUGGAAAACAAUCCGACAAUAACGGAAAUCGAAUCGGAGGCAUUUUACGGCCUGGCCAGAUUGGAAAACUUCAAUUUAACGGGUCUGAGGUUAAACACGUUGAGGAGGAAAACCUUUUGGGGAAUGUCAAUGCUGAAAUCUUUGAAUAUCAGCAAUAAUAAUAUCUUGCAAGUAGAAAACGGCGCCUUUCUAGGUUUGCAUUCCGUAACUGUUCUGGACAUGAGAGGUAACGACAUUGCCGAUUUUUCUCAUCAUAUGUUCGUGGGAAUGAAAUCGCUAGUAUAUCUAUACAGCGACUCGUUCAAGUUUUGCUGUGUGGCCGCCGAUCAGAUACCGUUCGAUAACUGUUGGCCUCGAGGGGACGAAAUAUCCUCGUGCGAAGAUCUGAUGAGCAGCCCAGUGCAAAGAUCCUUCCUGUGGGUGCUGGGUCUGGUGGCCCUAGUGGCCAAUCUCUUCGUCGUCAUCUGGCGCAUCAAAAUAAGAGACUUCAACAGACCCAGCUCUCUGCUGAUCAUCUCCUUGGGUUUUGCCGACCUGCUCAUGGGAAUCUACCUCCUCAUAAUAGCGGUGGUGGACGUUUACUAUCGAGGACACUAUAUCGAAAUUUCGGAUUACUGGAGGGAGAGUACCCUGUGCAAGGCCUGCGGAGUUCUGUCCACCGUGUCCAGCGAAGUGUCCGUUUUCACUCUAGUGUUUAUCACCCUGGACAGGCUAAUUACUCUGUCCUUUCCGUUUUCCAGCCAGAGAUUUUCCAUCUCGCUGACUUAUAAAGUGAUCGCGCUUUCCUGGUUGAUCGCCAUGUUGAUCGCCGCCCUUCCGUUGCUGAUAUAUCCGUAUUUCUUUGGGCAGUUUUAUGCCCGAUCGGGUGUGUGUCUGGCGCUUCACAUAACUAGCCAGAAAGCCGCCGGCUGGGAAUAUUCCAUAGCGGUUUUCUUCUGCAUCAACUUUGUAGUGUUCCUGGUCAUCUUUUCCGGAUAUCUGUACAUGUAUCUGUCCAUAAGAAAAUCGUAUCGCGCGUUGACUCGUCUGAACGCCAGGCAAGUCAGAGAAAACAAAAUCGGACGACAGAUGGCCCUCAUAGUCUCCACCAAUUCUCUCUGCUGGUUUCCCAUUAUACUGAUCGGAUUAAUGGCAAUGGCUGGAGUGAAAGUUUCGGGCGAGGCGUAUUCGUGGAUUGCAGUUUUCAUACUUCCCUUAAAUUCGGCCACCAAUCCCAUAAUUUACACCAUAUCUUCCAUGAAGUUCAUGUCUUCUUUUUGCGUACUUCCGUUUCGUAGCAAGCACGGGACGAAUUAUGGGAAUAAAACGCUUUCGAAAAGCCUGACCACGAACGGUAACAGGCUGAGGGAGCCACUUCAGGGAAGACCGUUCAAACCUCCGCAAGGUUACCAGUCGCUGGUCCAGUUUCUACGCACCGUAAAACCUCUGAAACCCAGGAUGCUGCUGAAGAUCGCCGCUUCGGUGUGCAACACGUUGCGAGAACUUCACGCCGACAGUUACGCUCUGGGAGGUCUGAGCAUAGACGCUGUCUUCGUGUCGACUCAGGACGAUUCCGAAGAAAUACACGUGUACGUUCCAGAUUUCAACGCAUACAGGAUCUGCAGUUCUCCCACAAACGACUUCAUAAACGACACCGCUAUGGACAUGGAAGAAUUUGGUCUGCUGUUAAAAAAGAUGCUGAGAAUAUAUCACGUGUCCACUCGGUCGCGCGAUCCCAACCAGGGAACCGCCUGCUAGGUGAGUGAGAUUGGCAUAGUGAGAUAGGUGAGUGA